AUGUCAGUCACUUCUCAGGAUGUGUCAGCUCCUACGAUCCGUCUGGUGCAGUACGCCUUUGUACCCUGGGAGGCGCAAGGGCGCGAGAAGUUGACAGUCAAGCUGGCUCUCUAUUGCAUCACUCUUCUGGCGAAUGAGGCCAGCGAGCUCAGACCAGAUUACGCCGCACUCGUUCCUGUAUCUCAACCGCCGCUCAACACUGCGUCAUCGCUCAAUCAGGCCAGAACGCACACAGCAAGUUCACCGCGCAGAGAGCAACCACAGGAACAAUCGACUGGCGCUCCCAAGAACCAAAGCUAUACUGAUAUUAGUCUCACGGAACAUGGUGAAGGGCAAGAAGCCACAAUCCACGGCUGCUUCGAGUACCAUGAGCACUUCGGUGGGCAAAAAGCCACAAUCCACGACCGCUCCAAGUUCUACGGGCUACACAUUUGUCGGACAACUAUCGGAGCACGAAGGGCAUUACCGAACCUCUAA